AUGGUGGUCUUCGACGUCGUCGUGGAGGUUCCGAUGGACGCGGACGAGUACCUGCGCGUCAAGGACAGCGCCGCUUACAAGGCGUUCCACUGCGAGAAGAACGGCACUUUGAACGAGUACAUCAGCGACGAGGUGGUCGACGGCGAGCGACGCACGGUGACGAAGACGAUCCCGAACAUCGCCAUUCCGUGGGCGCUGAGACGCGCGAUCCUCGGGAACAGGCGCGUCGAGUUCAUCGACCGCAGGCGGUGGCGCGACGGCGCGCACCUCACCGCGCCGUUCACCCAGCACUUCCACACGACGAACAACAUCAGCGAUCGGUGCGUCGUCAACGGGACGGUCACCGUGGAGCGUCACGGCCCGAACCGGUGCAGGAUCAUCGCGCGGGGCGAGUGCGUCGUGGACGUCAAGGGCCUGGGGGGCAAGAUCGAGCAGCUCAUCGUGAACAACCUCCGGGGUUCGUACGAGAAGGUCCCGGCGGUCGUCGCCGAGUGGCUCGCCAUCUCGGCACGUCGUCCAUCGACGUUGGACGAGGCGCCGGCGGCGGCACAGCCGGCGGCGUCCGAGUUCACGUCGCUGGACCUCGGACCGCCCACCCCUCCCGACAUGUACGACGACGCGCGUUCGACGACGGACGACGUCGAGGCCGGCCGCGUCAACGGCGUCGGGUCGUUACCCAGGCAGCGUUCGUACGCGUUCGACCGCGACGAGGAACGCUUCCAAACGCCGCGAGCCGGGAAAUAUCACUCCAGCAGCGACUCAUCAACGUCGUUCCUGCACCCGACGCCGGCGCCGCACGCGCGGUUCACCCCCGCGCGGGGCAGGUCGCUGCUCUCGUCUCGCAAGCCCGGGGCGGGGAUACGGGGCCGGCGAGGGGGACGCGGGUUUAGGCGGUCGACGUCGCCGGCGGUUUUCUUCGCCGCCGCCGCCGCUUUCUGGGUAUUCGCCGCGUGGUAUUACCUGUUCGGCUCGAGCUCGUCCUCCCGGUCGGCGGCGACGUCCCUCGUCGGGGCGGACGACGUUGGGGACGCCUGGCGCGAGGCGGCGAUCGCGCGGGAGAUGGCGGCCGGGAGACUGGCCAGGGACAGGGCGUACGGGCUACACAGGGAGCGGCACGAGGCGGCGGCGGUUGGGGCGGCGGCGGCGGGGGCGACGGCGAAGGCGAGCGGCGAGCGCGCGGAUGUCGCGGGCGCGGGAACGGAAGAGGGCGGCGGCAUCGUCGGGUGCGUCGACGCGAGGCGCGAGGAGUGCGAGGGCUGGGCGUGCGACGGCGAGUGCGAGUCGAACCCCGCGUUUAUGCUCGAUCGGUGCGCGUGCGCGUGCGAGGAAGCGCGAAGGCGGAGCGAGUCGCUCGCCCCGGGGGGAGUCAACAAAGCGUUCGAGACGGACGUUACCCGCGGCGUGGCGCUCGGGCUGGACUGGCUGGACGUCAAGACGGGGAAACGCAAGGUUGCGAGGGUCCGCGUGCGGCUCGACCCGGCGGACGCCCCCGAGGCGGUCGCUGCGGUUCGAGCGGCGGCGGCGAGCGGGAAAUGCGCUCCGGGAGUCCCCGGAAGGUGUCCGGAACGCGCGUGCCAUUUCCAUCGAGCCGAACGAACCUACGGGCUCGUGCAGGGUACCCUCGCGGGGCUGGAAAAGGCGGGCGGUUCGUUCGAGGACGGCAGGACGGAGGGCACCGCGCGGUGGGGGAGGGGCACGGUGGGGUACAUACCGGGCGGCCCGAACUUGCUAGUCGCCACGAGGGACCACGACGAGUGGGACGCGAGUUUCACCGCGUUUGGGAAGGUGGUGGGUGAGGAGGACAUGGCUGCGAUUGACGAUCUGCUCGAUCUGCCCACGACGCCGUUCGUGCACCCGGAGUACAAGACGACGAUGGCGAUGCUGGUCACGAAGGUUCGGUUCACGCUGGAGGGCGCCACGGACGUGUGACCGAUCGUGUCCGUUUCGUUCGUUGGUUCGUUGGUUCGUUCGUUCAUUCAUUCAUUCAUUCGUAGCGAGUCGAGUUGGGAAGAGACCGAAAUCAAAC